GAAUUCCGCCCGGCUCUUGUUUCCUCGGUCAUUCCUUCAGUUCUCGAGAUCUAUUAUGUCCCUCCCUACUACUUUCAACGGCCAAGUCCAGAUCGGUGUCCUCGGUGGAUCCGGUUUCUACAAGCUCGAGGGUCUCGAGACCGUUGCUGAAGUUAACCCUGAGACUCCAUGGGGCUUCCCUUCGUCUCCCAUCACGAUUGCCAAGACCCCCGCUGGUACUCAUGUUGCUUUCCUCGCCCGUCACGGCCUUGCGCACACCAUCCUCCCCUCUGAGGUCCCCGCCCGUGCCAACAUUGCCGCCUUGAAGCACCUCGGUGUCGGGGCCAUCCUCGCUUUCUCCGCCGUCGGCUCCCUCCAGGAGGAAAUCGCCCCCGAGGACUUCGUUCUCCCCACCCAGAUCAUCGACCGUACCCGCCUCGGCCGUCCCAACACUUUCUUCGGUGAGGGUAUGGUCGCUCACGCCAUGUUCGCCGACCCAUUCUCCGCCAACCUCGCUUCCAUCUUGGAGAAAUGCUCCCACGUCCUCGAGGAGUCUGGGAAGAAGUUGCACACCACCAAGACCCAGAAGGGUGAUUUGACGUUGAUCUGUAUGGAGGGACCCCAGUUCUCUACUCGUGCUGAGUCCCAUAUGUACCGCUCCUGGGGCGCACACGUCAUCAACAUGUCCGUCCUCCCCGAAGCCAAGCUCGCUCGUGAGGCGGAAAUCGCAUACCAAAUGAUCUGUAUGGCAACCGACUACGACUGCUGGCGUGUCGAUGAGGAAGGCGUCACCGUCGAGGCUGUCAUGGCUCACGUCAGGAACAACACUGCGAACGCUGGUCGUUUGCUUAAGGCUGCGCUGGAGGAGUUUGAGAAGGAUGCGUCUGUUAUUGAGAAGCUUGGGCAGGAGUUGGAGGGUUCGAUGAAAUUUGCUUGUAUCACUCCCCAGCAUGCUCGUCCGGCUGCUACUGUGGAGAAGCUCGACUACAUUCUUCCUGGAUACUACUAG